UCAAGAAAUAGAAUUUUUGAGUUAAUUUUUUGAUUUCUUCCUAUUAAAAAAAUAUCUAUAAGCCUUAUAUUCAGAAUUAAAUUUAUAUAAAUAAAAAAUUGAAAUGACUUUAUAUCACUUUGGGAAUUGUUUAGCGUUAGUUUACGCACCAUAUCAUAUGGCUUAUAAGUUUUCAGGAAUAUCUGAAUAUGCAACAUUUUCGAAAUGCGUAUAUGCCGGAGGACUGUAUAUAUUCACACAGCUUUGUAAAAUGUUGCUUUUAGCGACCUUUUUCCCCGAUUCCGAUAACGUUCAAGGCGCUGAAUAUGAUAUAUUUCUUGAAAUUCUAAAAGCCACAGUUGAUCUUGCUGAUCUUCUCGGCUUAUACUUUGCUCUGAAUUCAAUACCGGGGAAAGGACAUGCUAAGAUCUUGACUGCAGCUAUAGGUUGGGCUAGUGCUGAGGUGCUAGUGACCCGCAGCAUUCUCCUAUGGGUCGGUGCAAGGGGUUCAGAGUUUGACUGGCGAUAUGUGCGAUCUUGUGCUGAGUCCAACGUAGCAUUAUUGCAGCAUGCCUCUACUGCUGCCCUAGUGUGGCUCUGGACCCGCAGUGACCUGCCUCGUAAACACUUCCCCAUAGUUGUUACACUUUUAGCGAUAUCUCCAUACAAAAGUCUCAUAGAAGAAGCCAUUGCUAGUAUAUUUUCUCUCAGUGCUUGGGCUUUAUUAGGUCUUCGUACUGUACACACCACUGUAAUUGGCCUUACCGCAUUAGCUAUGUAUGCAGUCUUAGCUCAGCAAAUCGGAAUAUAACUUAAUUAGUUAAGGUUAUAAGUUCAAACCUAAGUGUUUGUUUCAUUUGUAUGUCAGAAAGUUUGUUUGUUGUCACAUUAAGCAGAAUAAGUACCUAAUAUAAGUGUAAAUUUAUUUAAUAAAAUAUUGAUUGUGUCAGUG